UUCUUGUUGCUGGUGCUAAGCUUCUUUGUCCGCUCUGCGUUCGUGCCUCAUCUGCGGUCCCGUGCCCUGCCUGCUCUGGAAUGGAUUGGAUUCAUGUGGAUGUUUACAGAAGCUGUGUUCAUGAUUGCUGAGUGUGCGCGAGUGGGCAAAGUAGAAGAAAGACUGUAUGCUAACUGUGAAUUGUCUCGCGCAAUAGGUUCCUUUCGAUCAGCGUCUCAUGUGGACCGGCGUCACUCUUCUGAUCUUCUUGGUCAUGAGUGAGAUUCCUCUCUACGGAAUUGUCUCCUCCGACAGCUCAGAUCCUCUUUACUGGUUGCGUAUGAUGCUUGCCAGUAAUCGGGGAACGCUGAUGGAAUUGGGUAUUUCGCCUAUCAUUUCGUCGGGCAUGGUUUUCCAGCUUCUCGGAGGUACCCACAUCAUUGAUGUCAACCUCGAUCUUAAGAGCGAUCGCGAGCUUUACCAGACUGCUCAGAAGCUCCUUGCUAUUAUUCUCUCUGUCGGACAGGCUACUGUGUAUGUGCUCACCGGAAUGUACGGUCCCCCCAAGGAGCUCGGAGCCGGCGUUUGUCUUCUUCUGAUCCUCCAGCUCGUUCUUGCCGGCGUGGUGGUCAUCCUUCUCGACGAACUUUUGCAGAAAGGCUACGGCCUCGGCUCCGGCAUCUCGCUCUUCAUCGCGACCAACAUCUGCGAGCAAAUCGUCUGGAAAGCGUUCUCGCCCACGACCGUCAACACCGGCCGCGGCACCGAAUUUGAGGGCGCGGUCGUGAGUCUCGUGCACCUGCUCUUCACGCGCAAGGACAAGAGCCGCGCGCUCAAGGAGGCGUUCUACAGACAGAACCUGCCCAACAUGAUGCAGCUGCUCGCCACCGUCGCCGUCUUCCUCGUCGUCGUCUACCUGCAGGGCUUCCGCGUCGAGAUCCCGGUGAAGUCGACCCGCGCGCGCGGACCGUACGGAACCUACCCCGUCCGUCUGUUUUACACGUCCAACCUGCCGAUCAUGCUGCAGUCCGCGUUGACUUCCAACGUCUUCAUCAUCUCGCAGAUCCUGUUCAACCGGUUCCCCGACAACUUCCUCGUCCGCCUCGUGGGCGUGUGGGAAGCCGGCGCCGGCACGCGCCAGCUGCACGCCGUCUCCGGACUGGCGUACUACAUGCAGCCGCCGCUCAACAUCACCGACGCGCUCUCGGACCCGAUCAAGACGGUGGUGUACAUCACCUUCAUUCUCGUCGCGUGCGCCGUCUUCUCCAAGACCUGGAUCGAGAUCUCGGGCUCGUCACCCCGCGACGUCGCGAAGCAGCUCAAGGACCAGGGCCUCGUGAUGGCCGGCCACAGAGAGCAGUCGAUGUACAAGGAACUCAAGAAGAUCAUCCCGACCGCUGCCGCCUUCGGCGGCGCGUGCAUCGGCGCGCUCAGCGUCACCUCGGACUUGCUCGGCACGCUCGGGAGCGGAACCGCGAUCUUGCUCGCGGUCACGACCAUCUAUGGAUACUUUGAGAUCGCGGCGAAGGAGGGCGGUGGGAUGCCUGGCGCGAUGGCGGAUUUGAUGUGAGUGCGCGCAUCGAAUGAAUUGUAAGAGAACGAAAUGAGAAACGAAGGAGUGUUUAUUUUGAC